AUGCAUAGAAGAACGGACGGUCCAUAUCCUCUUGACGACACCGACAAGCUCGAAGAGGCUAGCUUAGCCAAGUUUGAGGCUUACUUGGCCAAGCACCCGAACAACUCUAACUGCACGCUCGAAAAUGCUGCAAGGAGAUAUGAGUGGAGUGACCUCUCGGAAGGACAAAGAAAGGAAUACAUCGCAGCUGUUUUGUGUCUGCAGAAAAAGCCUCCCAUUUCUCCACGAGACAAGUAUCCUGGAGCUUUGAAUCGAUUCGACGACUUUGUAGCUACGCACGAGUCAAUGGCUCCAGAGUUGCAUUCAACGCCACAUCUUUUCACGGCCCAUCGAUUGUACAUCUGGGCAUACGAGAAAGCUCUCCGCGACGAAUGCGGAUAUACAGGGUAUCAACCAUAUUGGAACUGGGCGCGAUAUGCUGCAGAUCCAAUAAACUCGCCCCUUUUUAACGGCAAUGACUCAAGCAUGGGCGGAAACGGACUUCCAAGUGAAUAUCCCGGAAUACCAUCUAUGAGCUUCAAGCCACCGUACGAUAUGAUCCCAUCAGCCGGCGGUGGUGGUUGUGUGACUGAAGGACCAUUCAAAGAUAUGGUUGUUAGCUUAGGACCGUUCGGGAAGAUUGUUAAUGACUUACCUCCGAAUCCACGUGCCGACAACUUUGGGUCUAAUCCCCGGUGCUUACGACGAGAUGUCAAUAAGUACUCUGCCGCAGUUACUUUUGACAACUACACUUAUUCUUUGAUCACCGAGAAUAAUAACAUUGAAGACUUUCAAGCCAACAUGCUAGGAAAUGCUAGCAGGAACGACUGGGGAGUGCAUAUGGGCGGGCACUAUACGAUUGGCGGAGAUCCUGGAGGCGACUUCUACUCAUCUCCUGGCGACCCUGUUUUCUACUUCCAUCAUGGUAUGAUUGAUCGAAUCUGGUGGAUUUGGAAGAUGCAAGAUCCCGAAAAUAGAAUGAAUGUCCUCUCUGGGAAUCCAAGCAAGGGUGACACCGUCGAUUUGAAGUGGACGGCCCCGAAAUCCAAGACGUGGGAUAUGAUGAAUCCCAUUGGAGGGAACAAUGGCGAUUUCUGUUACAUCUAUGUCUAG